UUCAUCCGAAUCACUACUGCUUGUAGAUGCAAUUUGCUUGCAAGACCGUUUCCUUUAACAAAAUCAACAUGGAGGACCUAAUAGUAGAAGUAUGCGGCGAAAAUGGUGCCUAUUAUAAGGCAACCAUAGUCGAUGUUUUUGAAGAUGGAGUUCUUAUAGCUUUUGAAAAUGAUUGGCAACCAGAAUCAAAAUUUCCAUUUUCACAAGUUCGAUUACCACCAAAACCAGAAGCUCUAAAUGUUAAAACCGAUUAUGUUGAAGGUCAAGAAGUGGAAGUAUUCUCACGAGCGAAUGAAGGGGAGCCUUGUGGAUGGUGGAAGGCGGCAAUCAAGAUGUCGAAAGGUGAUUUUCAUGUGGUCGAAUACUUAGGCUGGGAAAAUAGUUACACAGAAAUUGUGGAUAGUCGACGUGUACGGCCAAAGAAUACAAAUGAAUCAAUUGAAAAAAGCAUUUAUAAAUUCGAAAUUGAAGUGCCUGAAGACUUAAGAAUGUAUGCAAAAAUGGAAAACGUACAUAAAGAAUUUCAAAAAGCAAUCGGAGCUGUCAUUUGUCGAUAUGUGCCUGAACGAGGUGUUUUGAAAGUAGUUUCACGAUCAGAACCAACACGGAAAAGGUCACUAAUGUUACAGGAUAUGCAUUUUAGAAAUCUAUCACAAAAAGUUAUGUUAUUAAAACGCACAGAAGAAGCUGCAAGACAGCUUGAAUCGACAAAAUUACAAAACAGUGGCGGAUAUUCGGUUGAAUUUAGUGUUCGUGAAGAAUUAAUGGGACUUGCUAUUGGAUCGCAUGGUGCCAAUAUUCAACAGGCACGAAAAGUUGAAGGAAUCACUAAUAUCGAAUUAGAAGAAAAUACGUGUACCUUUAGAAUUUUUGGAGAAACGGACGAAGCAGUGAAGAAAGCAAGAUCUAUGUUAGAAUAUAAUGAAGAAUCAUUACAAGUACCCAGGGCAUUAGUUGGAAAAGUAAUUGGUAAAAAUGGUCGAAUAAUACAAGAAAUUGUUGAUAAGAGUGGAGUGGUUCGAGUUAAAAUUGAAGGUGAUAAUGAACCACAACCAACAAUUCCACGAGAAGAAGGGCAGGUACCUUUUGUAUUUGUGGGUACUGUUGAAAGUAUUGCAAAUGCUAAAGUUCUAUUGGAAUAUCAUCUUGCUCAUUUAAAAGAAGUAGAACAACUUCGACAAGAAAAAUUAGAAAUUGAUCAACAACUUAGGAGUAUUCAUGGUUCAACAAUGGGAUCUAUGCAAAGUUUACAAAUGUCACGGCGUAAUGAACGUUCUUUCAGUUCGGAAGUUGAUAAUGGCGGUCGUGGAAAUUCUCGUGGUGGUUCACGUGGUCGAGGGAGAGGAGGAGGUGGUCGUGGUGGUCCUAGACAUUCGGAAUCACGUUACAAUUCCUCUGGUUCACGACGACAAACUCCAGAUACUGAAGAAAUAUUAAUGCGUGAUUUACCACCACGACAGUCACGCGGAGGCGGCUCAAGAGGACCUCCAUUAAAUCGAAGAGACGGUCCACCACCUCGUCGAGAUGGACGUAGAGAUGAUCGACGAAGAGUUACCGAUGACGAUGAAACAGUUUUGGAUAGUCAUGAUGUGUCGAGUGUAGAUCGUGAAUCGGUAUCGAGUAUCGAGGGCGGGGUCAACACAGGGGGGCCCAAGAAUCGGCGAAGACGAAAUCGUCAAAAUCGUAAUCGUAGCCGUACUCCACAAUUACAACCUCCAAUAAAUGGAAAUAAUGGUGGUAAUAUUGCUUCACCUGUUUCUUCUGUAAGUGUGGUCCCAACCGAACAAAUAUCAGCUUCAAACAACAAAGAUGGAGCUUCCACUGGUGAAACAACACAAGCCCGACCGCAACGUGAAAAAGCGCGAGGACCACGACCACCACAAGGACGACGAGCAAAUGACAACAAACCCAAAGAAACGCUCGUAAACGGGGCUGCAGCAUAAAAUGUUGGAUAUUUUUGAGUGCCAAAAUAUUUAAAAAAAAUUAAAAAACUUUGUUUAAAUUGUUUGAUCAAUAGCAUUUAAAAAUAAUUAAAAAAAAAGGUUGUGUGUGUGUGUUGUGGUGCAGUAGAUUAUUUAUUAUUGAUCAUUCAACUAUUAAAAAAAAAUAAAAUAAAACAAAACACAUCUCUAUUGGCUUAGAAAACUAAAAUUAAAAACUGUUAAAAAACUAGCCACAUCAUACUACUACAAAUUGAAUGGAAUCUCUGAUGGCAACACAUUCAAUAUUCUAUUCUAUUCUGUUGAUUUGUUAUGUUAAAUCCAUCAGUAUGAUGUAGAAUGAACGAUCACAGAUCAAACAACUAUCAACUAUAAACGCUAUCUAUCGCUAUCGUCUAUCAUCUGUAAGGCUGUUGUAAGGCUGUAGUGUUGAGAAUAAGUCUACAUAAUUCAUAUGUAUUUAUUAAUUUAAAACUAUUAAACUAAACUAAAGUAAAGUAUAGUAAAAAAUAUUUAGAAUAACGAUUAAAGAAAAGGAUUUUAUAAAAAUAUUUAUCAUUUAAUUUUUGAUCAUCAUUCUUCAAAUCCACAUCUGAAAGUCAGUCAUUUACAUUUGAAUAUCAAUCAAUCAUAAACAUAAACAUUGAACAUUAUAUUCGAAAUAAAAUUAAAAUAAUUGAAUCGAGUUUAUUGAUUUUGUCUACGCUUUUGUAUUAUUAGGAUACGUAAAUAAAUUAUCAAACUUUAGAAAACAAAAAACAAAAAAAAAGA